AGGUAGGGUGCUAAUGUGGCGAUGGAACGGCAGCUUCUUAGGAACUAGACGUCGCAUCGCAUGGGCUGUGGGAGUAAGUUUACAGAGCAGGUACGGCGUGAAGUAUCGCUUGUUCCGGUGGUGAGAGUACCAACCCUUUGAUGAGGAUCGUGCUACUAUCGAUUCGGUUGCUGCUUCUUCCAUGAUGUUUUCGUCGUGCGCAAACGAAGUUGUAGCGGUGAACGAUUCGUCGCGCGACAGGGAACCAGCCACGGGCGGAACGCCAGCCGUUGGCUCCCGCCGCGCGCCCCACCAGCCCGCGCCACCCCAGUCUGUUUCAUCCCCUUCUGGGCCUACGCCGCCAGCACACGCACGAUAAGCCACAAUCCUUUCUCCUUUCUCAGCUCUGCAGUCACGGGCACACGCGACAUGCAAUCACCUCCGUCAACUGCUGUGUCGUUACAGCAAUGGACCUCAAAGACCGAUGGGAGGCCUUUGGCGCGAAACACCCCAAGCUUUACGACCGUGUGGGGAAACUAGCGGCCGCUGCCGACCCGUACAUUCCACCCAUCAACUUCAUCACCCUACACUAUGCGUAUUUCAUCGCAGUCACAAUCGUCGGCACGUUGAUCUUCUGGGGGGCUUCGAGUCCGGCGAGGAGUGUGGGAUGGUGGGAUAGCAUGUUCAUGGUCAUGUCGGCUGUAACGGCAACGGGACUCAACACCGUGAAUGUUAGUCAGCUGACCGUUUUUCAACAAGUAGAACUGGCGGUUUUGAUGAUGAUGGGCAGUCAGGUCCUGGUGUCGUACUUCACUGUCGCAUUCAGAAAGCACAUCUUCGAGAAGCGGUUCGAGGAUAUUGUGGAGAUGGAGAAAGAGAACAGGAAGGCGAAGAAAGGUAACACAGGAGCUGUGGUGGGGAUGGCGGGAGCGAUGUUCGGACUGCCGGUCAUGAGUUCGUUUGGUAAGGGGAGGCGACGAAGCAAACCGCGGGCUUUGAAGGUUGCGACUGGGCAGGCCGUGACGAGCACAAGUGAACCGGUCCCCACCACACCGAUCCUGGAGAACCAAGCUGACAUCGGAUUGUCUCCUGUGGCUAGCGGGAGGAGCCCGCCGCAUCACAUCGGGUUUCUGGAUCCUAUCCGCGAGCGCACUUCCCAUGAGAGGCCACAUACAGCAACGACCGGGCACUCGAUCUAUAACGUGCAAACCCAGCAGACCGUGUCAAGUCGGAGGAGAUCGUUGGCAGGCGAGUCUAAGCUGGGGGGUGAUUUCAAUGUCCAGUCUUUCGUGACAGAACAGAAGCGCAACAUCGGUCGUAACGGACAGUUCUUUAAUCUCUCGUCCGAUCAACGAGAGUACCUUGGCGGAGUCGAAUACCGGGCGCUGAAGUUUCUAUCGGUAUUCGUCCUCGCAUACUUCAUACUGUGGCAGUUCUUCGGUGCCAUCGCGCUCGGUUCAUACAUGGCUGUCUAUGAGCAGGAGGCCUCAGCCGUCAACGCGCAGAACCCAUGGUGGGCAGGUGCUUUCCUCGCCAUUUCUGCUUACAACAACGCCGGGUUUACCUUGCUGGAUGCGGGCUUCUUACCGUUCCAGUCCUCAUACUAUGUCCUAACAGUUGUAACGAUUCUCUCGCUCGCUGGUCCAGCGUCGUUCCCGGUCUUUGUGCGCUUUCUCAUCUGGACCAUGUCGACCCUUCUCGAUCUUUUCUCCAAGAACAAAGAGUAUGGCGUAUGGAAAGAGGGCUUCGACUUUAUCUUGAGGUUCCCGCGUCGUGUAUACACAAGUAUGUUUCCAGCGAGAGACACCUGGUUAUUCGUUGCGACCUUCGGCUCGUUCGUUGCCGCAGAUUGGAUACUCAUCUUGGUCCUGAGCAUAGGCAAUCCCACUAUGGAAGUGAUACCGUUGGGCCGGCGCAUCUUUAUCUCUCUCUUUGAAGGCUUCUCUAUCCCGUCCGGUGGGUAUGCUAUCGUCUCUCCGUCCGCCAUGUAUUUCGACGUGCAAGUCCUGUGGCUCGUCAUCUUCUAUACUGCAGCGUAUCCCCACAUCAUUACCAUGCGCAAGACGAAUGUCUACGAGGAGCGGUCCCUCGGCAUAUACGAAGGCGACGAAGCAGAAGUAGAACAGCUUCACUCCGCCACAAGCUCGGUCUUCGACGUCGAUGGCGCGUUACCGGCCACCACUUCAGUCUCAGGGAAACCACCUCGGACACCCAUCAAGACUCUCGGCACUGUCGGGCGUCGAGGCACGGCCUUCGUCGGUCGCCAGAUCCAGCGGCGUAUGACAGCCUUCCAGGGUGUCGGUGUCGCUGGACCCGCGACAACGACAACUCCUACCACGCUUAAGCGGUCCGUCACCAUGGACUUCGGUCGCGCGACCUCGGUGCACAGCUUGAACGCCCAUCCGCCCACCCACCCGCCCUCUCUGGUCUCCCAACAGGUCCGUGGCCAGCUCUCGCACGACGUCUGGUGGAUCGCCCUUGCGCUGUUCCUCAUCACACUCAUCGAGACACACCACUCCAUCGAGGAUCCCAAGACCUACAGCGUCUUCACGAUACUCUUCGAAAUCGUCUCCGGCUACACCACGAUUGGAAUCAGCAUCGGGCUGCCGGACCAGGCGUACAGUUUUAGCGGGGGGAUGUACACAGGCAGCAAGAUCAUCAUGAUCUUGGUGAUGCUGAGAGGGAGACACAGAGGGCUGCCCGUUGCACUGGACAGAGCUGUUAAGCUGCCGGGGAAGAAACUGGCGGAGUUCGAGGAAGAGGAUGCUGAGAUUAGGAGUAUGAUGUCCCAGUAA